AUGACACCAUUUAAGGCCUUGUAUGGAUAUCAGCCUCCUCACCUGGCUUUCCCUCUCAGGGUCACCACUUCAGUUGCUGAUGUAGAGAAGUAUCUCAAGGAGAGAGAUCAUAUGCUAAACCUGCUAAAAGAGUCAUUGCACAAAUCACAAGAGAGAAUGAAGUUCUUCUCAGACUCUAAGAGGACUGACAGAUCCUUUGAGGUGGGAGAUCUUGUCUAUCUCAAGAUACAACCAUAUAGGCAAACUUCAGUAGCAUUAAGGAGGAAUAUGAAGUUAUCUGCAGUGUACUAUGGGACUUUCCCAGUAGAAGAAAAAAUUGGCUCCGUAGCUUACAGAUUACAACUACCUACAGAUUCCAAGAUACACCCAGUUUUUCAUGUCUCUCAGCUCAAAAGGAAGGUUGGAGCUGCUGUUGUCCCUAUUCCUCAACUACCCUUAAUGGAUCAGCAAGGGUUGAUCAAAGUUGAGCCCUUGGAUUUAUUAGGAGAUCGAGAAGUUAAUCGUUGA